AUGGGCGGACAAGAUGUUGUCUGUAGACGGUCGAAUGGGCAAACGCACGAUUGCUGUGGAUCGACACGAAAAAGUAUCACUCCUCCCUGUACCUCGGACUGUGAGCAGACUGUAACGAGCCGGUCAGGAGGUUAUGAGGGUCACUUCUGGUUGCUAACCUGUGUAAAUGAGGAGUCAAGAAAAAAAAGUUGGUACUGCAUUGCCAGCUGCAACAGGUUGGUCUCCGCAGUCAUGCAACACUCUGCAGUGGGGAUAUAUGGUGGUGGGAUUGUUAAAAGUUCUGAAAUUCGAUCGGUAGAGCAAUCUAAACAGACUCAACCGGGCCGCCAAAUCAUGCCCGAUCCAUCCUCUGGAGGUUUUUGA